CAGUCAUUACAGAGUUCGGGAGAAGCAAGCGAGUUACCAAAUGGCUCGACUCAUUAGAAACAAAGAAAUUUCCACUGAUCUCUUGACUCGCUUCCUUAACUCACCAAGUUCCCUGCUGACUCAUCCCCGAACUAUCUCAAAAAGAUCGCUACAAGCCCUAGCUUACGAAGAAAUGCAAGCCAAUCCAAACAAACCCUACACUCACACUGCUUUGAUCCUCCAUGGCCUCCUCGGAUCCGCCCGCAACUGGCGUUCCUUUUCCGCAGCUCGCUCCUGUCUCUCCACCUCCCCUUCUUCUGAGUGGAGGAUGGUGCUGGCGGAUUUGAGGAAUCAUGGGAAGUCAGCGGAGAUAGAAGGAUUGGAUCCACCGCAUGAUAUGGUAAAUGCAGCCAAAGAUUUGGGAGAUUUGGUAAAUUCCAAAGGCUGGGAUUGGCCUGAUGUUGUCAUUGGCCACUCUAUGGGUGGCAAAGUUGCGUUGCAAUUUGCCCAGAGCUGUGCCAAUAGAGAGUAUGGUGAAAAUGUCAAACUUCCCAAACAGCUGUGGGUACUCGAUUCUGUCCCUGGAGAAGUAACCUCUGAAAACAGUGAUGGUGAAGUAGAAAAUGUUUUACAGACCUUGCAAAGUUUACCCUCAACGGUGCCGUCACGGAAGUGGCUUGUUAACCAUAUGAUUGAACUUGGGUUCUCUAAGUCAUUGUCGGAGUGGAUAGGCACCAACCUCAAGAAAUCCGGAGAACAAGAGACAUGGGCUUUUAAUCUUGAAGGUGCUGUCCAGAUGUUUCAUUCCUACAGGGAGAUGUCCUAUUGGUCUCUGUUGGAGCACCCUCCAAAGGGACUGGAGAUAGCAAUUGUCCGUGCAGAGAAAAGUGACCGGUGGGACACAAAUGUGAUUAAUCAGCUUCAAAGGCGUGCUAGUCAGAAAGGAGAUGGAUCUGCAGGGAAGAUUUCAGUUCAUGUUCUUCCCAAUUCAGGCCAUUGGGUUCAUGUAGAUAAUCCCAAGGGCCUUCUUGAGAUUGUGGCACCUAAGCUGAAGUGCCUGUUCUGAUGUAAUUUUAAGAGGCUUUUGGGGCAUACAGUGAUGGUGUGAUACAGGUAUAAACCCAUGUUGCUUUGGGAUCAUAAAACACUCUUAAUUUAGUCAUUAGGCUACUGGGGUGACUUAAUUGGGGGAAAACGUUUGAAUGAUGAAAUUUCUUAAGAUUGCAAUAAUCUUGUUGGCAAAAGCAAUAUCUAUUAUUGUUGUUUUAUUUGGUAUUGUUGAAACCAACUGCUAUCUCUGCUUAUAUUGUUCUAUUUUGAAUAUGUUUAAUUCAUUAGCCUCA